GACGAAACGAAACCCUAAAACUCAGAGUUUUAAUGAGGUAAACCCUAAACCCACAAUUGUCCACUUUCGACCUCCACUGCUUCCAAUUGCAUCAUCGUCGUCAUCGUCGCAGUUUGCUGCAGAAUUGCGUUCCAGCUUUGAUCUCAUCGCGUCGCGCGGACCGACUCAGGAAUUAGGGUUUAGUUGCCCGAAGCUCAAGCUCAUUUUUCGAGAAAAUCACCCUCUCAGGCACCAGGAGACAGAGCUUGGGUUUGCAGAGGGGUUGGCGACCAAAGCUGAAUCAUGUCAGAGUCGUUGAACAGACUCUCACAAGAGGUCAAUCAUGCUGUGACUGAGAAUCUUGCUGAAGUUCAAGACUACGUGAACAUAACACUUCAGAAAGAGUACUACAAAUGUGGUUAUGAGUGUUUCAGCAAAGACAAGAAUCAGAUACAGAGAUGUGUAGAAAGAUGCAGCCUUCCUGUUGAGCGUGCUGGUGCCAUUCUGCAAAAUGAGCUCAAUAGGUUUCAGGAACGACUGCAGAGAAGUAUGAUGGUGUGUCGAGACAGAGUAGAAAUCUCAGGCGGAUCUGUUGAGGAUGAUGCCUCCAAGAUGAGGGAGAUGGAGGUUUGUAUGAAAACUUCAGUAAGAGAGCAAAUGAAAAAUCUCCCUAAACUUGCAGAGCACAUAAAGAAGCAGAUAGCAAGCACUGAUGGAUCUCGUAGCUAGCUUUAAAGGAUAGCAUUCACAUCAGUUUUCUCUAGCGGCAGUUUUGUCUACAUUGGAGUGCAAUUCAUCAUUUCAUCUCAAUUUCUCAUUGAUCUUGGUCCUUUCGUUUGUCUGUUUUUUAGGCAAGAGUAGUUGCACCGGUUUGGACUCAGUUUCAUCUGACUCUUGGUUUUUUAUAAUUUCAAUUAUUUUUCAACAUA